UUUUCGAAGACGACCAUGUCAUCCAAUGAUAAAAUUCGCAAACUUUGUCGAAUAUGUGGUGACGUUGGCUCCAUAAAUAUAUUUGGAUCAUUAGGACAGUCAAUGGAUUUAUCAGAAAAGAUAAACACAUUGUUGCCAAUAAAUGUAGCACUUACCGACCGUCUUUCAAUAAUGGCAUGUAAUGCUUGUGUCAAUCAAAUUAAUACAUUGAAUCAGAUCGUGGGAAUAGCUAUUCAUACCAAUGAGUUGAUGAUCAAACUCCUAGAAAAAAAAGAUAGCAAUUUUCAAGAAAGGAUGUUGCAACUUUGUCGUAUUUGCGGAAAUCCUGGAUUAUUGUAUAUUUAUAAUCAACUUGAUGAAAAUUCAGUGAGCUUAGCUGAUAAGAUGAACUCGUUUUUAACGCUGAAAGUAUCUCCUGUUGAUCAACUAUCAUUAAAAAUUUGUCAAAAUUGUAUCAAUCAAGUAGAAGAUGUAUACCCCAUAUUUGAGUUUUGUCAUAACACUACAAAACUAAUGUCGAUGGUGGUUGGAAAUAUACCACGGGAUACUAUGAAUAUUGAUAAUGCCUCGUUAGACAUUUCUGAAACCUUUCAAGAUAACAUAAAAUUUGACAUUGAUGAAGUAAUAAUUCAAAAAAAAAAUGAUGGAAAAAAAGAGCUUGGUAAUAUUUUGAGGGACUGCGGUAUUAAAAAUAUUGUUCAUACAACCCAAAAUACCUUUAGAAGUACAAAUCAAAUACAGUGUUUACGUUGUACACUUAAUUUUACUUGUGGUACAGAAUUGAGACGCCAUAUUCUGCUGAACCAUAACUUAAAAGAACUAGAUUGUCAUCAUUGUUUUCGUCGCUGUUCGAAUUUAAUGGAAUUUGAAAACCAUGUAAAAUUACAUUUUUAUGCUCAACUCCCAUAUUAUCCAUGCGACUUAUGUACAAUCAGCUUCACCAGUUUGGCAAAUCUAAUACUCCACAUUAAAACACAUGACUUAAAACAUUCUAGAGAAUGGGCACUUAUCUACAAUCAAUCUGAUAAAUCUAAAUGUUAUGGCUGUCGAUAUUGUAAUAAGACUUUUAUUCAUGAAGCAUCAAGACAAAUGCAUGAACGUAUUCAUUUUACAUGCUUAAUAUGUGAGACAUGUGGUAAGCAAUUGCCAAAUAAAUCUCAGUUGAGUGUUCAUCAGCGUCAACAUACCGGGGAAAGACCUUAUCACUGUAUGAACUGUGGUUCUUCGUUUAAAUGUUUGUCAACAUUACGCCAGCAUGAAGUUGUACACUAUGAAAAAAAAUACAUCUGCGAAGUCUGUCUGCGUAAGUUUAGUCGGCCAGAAAAGGUUCGUAUACAUAUGAGAGUACAUACAGGGGAAAAGCCUUAUAACUGCUUAAUAUGCAAUAACAAAUAUCAACAGAAAAACGAUUUAAAUCGUCACGUAAAAAAAAAACAUGGAGAUGAUUACACUAUGAGCAAUUUCAAACUAAAUUUGUUUUAA